UCUUGACAAUUAGCACACAGUCACCCUGCUCCUGCAUAACCAAACAACUGGAGCCAAAGAACUAUAAAAUGGAGGCAAGAUGGACCAAGAAGAAGAAAAAGCGACGAGGAGAAGAAGCGACGGCUAACGGACAGAAAAAGAAGAGAGAUGGCUCAGAGAAGAACCAGUGGAACCAACCUCUUCAUGACAGUGUUGUGUGUGGUGGCAAUGUGCAGAGCCGUCCCCAUCAACGAACUGCUCGAGCGAGCCUCUCAGCACUCUGACAAACUGCACUCGCUCAGCACGACGCUCACCCAGGAGCUGGACUCUCACUUCCCUCCUAUAGGCAGGGUGAUCAUGCCGCGUCCCGCAAUGUGCCACACCUCCUCUCUACAGACGCCCAUUGACAAGGACCAAGCACUUCAAGUAUCGGAGUCAGAUUUGAUGUCCCUGGCUCGCUCCCUCCUCCAAGCCUGGUCGGACCCUCUCGUACUCCUGUCCUCCUCCGCUAGUGCCCUGCCUCACCCAGCACAAAGCACCAUAUUCAACAAGAUCCAGGAGAUGCAGCAGUACUCCAAAAGUCUCAAGGAUGGCCUGGAUGUACUAUCUAGCAAGAUGGGUUCAUCUGCUCAGGCCAUCACUUCACUGCCCUACCGAGGAGGCACCAGCCUCGGCCAGGACAAGAUUACCAAGUUGAUCAACUUCAACUUUCUGAUGUCCUGCCUCCGUCGGGACUCUCACAAGAUUGACAGCUUCCUGAAAGUCCUACGCUGCCGGGCAGCAAAGAUGCAACCAGAGAUGUGCUGAAGAGUGGGUGUCCAGCCUGACUCUGUGGGGAGAUUGUUCUGAAAGCUUGUACUGCCUAUAGAAUUAUACAUGGUACUAUAUUCCUACCUGCUGAUUAGUUUUGCAACACAAGGAUAAGGAGGAGUUAUAAGUUACA